GGAAAAUAUGACACAAAAUAUAGAUUAGUCUAAAGGGACAUAGUUACCAUUUUUUUGCUCUAAAAAAACAGUUUUCCCAUUUUCUUAUAACUUAAUAAAUUAGGAACUGUAGCGACAAAAAAUAACGAGAAGGAAAGAGCCCUGUUGCUCAAAAAAAAAAAAGGAAAGCGUACUUUCAGCUGUUUAUUAACAAUAAAUAUAUUACUGCUACUACUCCACAGAAAAAAAUGUCACGCUACAAAUGUUGUUCAACUAUGUAAGAUGGUUCUUUUGGACAGAUUUAUAGAUUGUUUAGAGAAUGAAAACUUCAAACGUCAAUUUUAAUAUCUAAAAUGAAAUUUUUACAUAGGGACGUCAAAUGUAGAGUUCGUUUGAUUCGAUUUCGAGUGAACUCAAAAACAAAAUGUAGGUUUUUCCUUUCGACAAAGCUAAUAUAUUGAUAUCAUACAAUAAGUAAAAGGGGAUAUCCUCAUCGUUUAGGCCCUCCACGUCGGAUGAAAUAUUUAGCCAAUGGCGUCGCGUGUUUUUUCCACGUCAGAAUCGAUUGGGCCUCGAUGUUUUUUUAUAUGGAGUUGGCCCGUAAGCCCGUUACUUUACGCAAAAUAGAGAGGACCUCCUCGAGACGUGUCAACGAACCCUAACUUCCAUCUCUUUUGCGCAGACAACGAUCUGAUUCCUAAGAUCUGAUCCCUUUUGUCAUUUCCACUUCUUCCGUUUAUCGGUUCACGUCUGUUCAAUCAAUCCUCCACCAAAUCUUCCUUAAACCUCCAUUAAUGGGUUCGUUUCGCAUCUCUCUCUCUUAUUUCAUUUAUAACCCCGAUCAUUCCCCCAGUUUGAUUACGCGCAAUACACUCUCAACCGAUGAAUUCCAACAGCAAAAACUCCGUUUCCAGCGAUCUUCUCUCCAAGAAACCUAACGGAAAGGACGAUGUCUCCUCCGCCGCCCGGUGAAACCCUCCGCCUCCCCGACGAAACCAUCCAUCCCCCAUUGAAAUCCUCCGACGCACCGAUGAAAUCCUCCGCCGCGCGAUGAAACCCUCUGCCGCACGAUGAAACCCUCCGCCGCACCGAUGACCCACUCCGUCGCACCGAUGGAACCUACUGGCCAACCUGGCAUCUCCGGUGAUACCUCUUCGAAGAAACGUAACGGCAAGGCCGUUUUCUGCUCCGACGUCUCAUCCGACAAAAACGAUGGCGUCGUGAAGUUCAGAAAUGUGACGUUUGGACCACAGGAAGGCGAGUAGAGGUUUCGUCUGAUCUAUUUUUGGGAGGCUAGGAACGCAUUCACGAAGAUCCUUAUUGGUCUAGAGAUGCUUCUGAUCGACGAAGAGGGCACUGUGAUUCAGGGAUUCAUCCCACCAUCGAGGAUUGACACCUAUCUGCGAUACAUGAUUCCCGGUUCCACUUACAGACUUAACAACUACUUUGGUUCUAAGACCAAGAAGGUGUAUCGGGUUGCUGAUCCAGACGUCACCAUUGCUUUCUCAUGGAACUCUGUACUAUCUGUUCUCACAGAUAGUUAUAUACAGUUUCCUGAAGAUCGAUUCCGUUUCCAUGGCUAUGAAGAGUUCGAAGCGGCUUGCGACCUCAAAAGGGAUCUGUUUGGUAAGAUAUCUCAGUCUCAUCUGUUUAUGUUGAUCAGAUGAUUACGUGCUGUUUUUAUACGCAAGUUCUGUUUGUACACGCAGAUUACAUUGGUCAUAUUAGAUUGGUGAAUGAGCAGACUCUUACCGAGGGUCUUGUGCUGGAUGAGGUCAAAAUAGCUUCCAUGCGGCGAAUUCUGAUUCAUGUUCAGACAUAUGAGUAAGUUCUUUUUUUGAAGCUCUAUACGUAUAUGUUUUUGCCUAAUACAUGUGUUCGCUUUGAUACAUUGGUCAUGUGAUGAAGCUCUACUUAUGGGAUAAGGCAGAUACAGACUUCUGUGAGAAGUUUAAAUCGCUUGGAAAAUAUCCAAGUGUUAUUUUAGUGACAACUGUGAAUCCUAAACGUUUUGGAGGUUCGUAAUACUUAGCUUUGUUGUGGUUUAUAGAUGUAGUAAGCUCAAUUUGUUUGACUAAUUUUUAUUAUUUGGUAUGGAAAAUUGGUUAUGCUACAGGUGCUUUAUCUUUGUCAUCCCUAUCAUCUUUAAGGGUGUUUUUUGAUAUGGAUGUUCAAGCAACCAGGAAGUAUCUGGCUUGGUAUGUAUUGACUUGUGUAUUUGCAACGAAAGCUUUACUCUAUAUAAAGGCUUGGUUUUUUUUUUUAAGAUUUAAGGUUUGUGUCAAACUCAGAAGUUGCUAAUAGAGUUAAUGCUGAGAUUGUAACCAAGGCUGAGACAGAUACUAUAGGGGAGCUACUCUCUUACAUGAAGCAAGAAGAUGCGAAGGUAUGACAUCUCUUUCUUAAAUUCUUGCAUUGCGAUAUGAAAAGUUAUUGACUAUCUUCUCUGUUGCAAAAUAUAGGUCGCUUGGUUUGAGUGUACAGCUACAAUUGAUGAUGUUGUGCGUGAUUCCGCAUGGUAUUACAUCGCUUGUGGUGGGUGCAAGACUAAAGCAACUAAAGGACCUACCACGCUUAUGUGUAAGAAGUGUGGAAAGACUGAGAUCACAGGUGCUGCAGAGUAAGAAUUGUACUUAUAGUUUUUUUUUGUUGUCAUACACAAAGUCAACACUCAUUACCAAUGUGCCUAUGAAACAGGUAUCUCACUAAGCUCUCCGUCUAUGACAACAAUGAUUAUGCGAGCUUUGUGGUUCUCGGUGAUGAUGGGCAGGAAUUAACUGGGAAGAAAGCCUCCGGUUUGGUUGAGAGCUACUAUGAGGUAAUCAGAACCCUUUCCAUCAAUCAGUUUUGGUUGUGUUCUUACAUAUGUAUAAAUUUGUAUAGGCUUACGAGGGCGCAUUAGAUGGGCAUGUAGUCCCGGUGCCGCAAGCCCUCAUUAAUAUCAUUGGACAGACACGCACGUUCGUUAUCAAGAUAUCAAAGCACAACGUGGAAGGCAAGACUCAAUCUUUAACAGUCACCAAGGUACUCCCUCUUGAUGGUCAAGCGCUUGGAUGCGAUUUAGCAGCCGACGUGGCUGUCUCUCCUACUGCGGUGGCUUUGGGAAGUGGUAACGGUGAGGAAGGUUCUUCCAUUGCUAAAUGUGGCUAACAUGUUUCCCGUACUUGGGUUGAGUCUGUUGACCGACUACGCAUUGGUCUAUUUCCUUCGGAUUUUAUUUCAGUUUGUUGAAAGACUAAGUUUGGUUCAUUUGAUUCAGUAUUGUUUUGGUUCAUUUACUUCAGUAUUUGAGUUGACAUUAUUUAUGAUAUCGUAUGCUCUAUUUGGAUAUUCUAUGGUCUUUUGGUUCAUUUGUUUAUGUUGAGUCUGUUCAAAUUAGUGUUGCUAAAAUUUAUGCAGUUUUCUUUUUUUGAUCUUGGGUAGUAAUUGUGUUGUAUAUUUUGGAAACUAUACAAACUAUUAAAAAAGAAAAUUCGGAAACUUGAAUAAAUGAUAUUAACUUCUGUAUAGUGCACUGUUUAUUUAUUUUUGGCAUUUAUGUCGUUUCUAAUUUUAAUAAUUUAUAGUAGAAAACGAAAUAUAUUUCUUCCGUAUCGUUUUAUAAACAUGUUUCUUAUUUGUAUGUAAUAUAAUCAAGUUAGUAAUUUAUAAUACUAUCGGGAUAUGGUCAACAUAAAAAUGAUAACAGAAGACCAUAAUCAAGUUAGUAAUUUAUGAAACUGAAACCUAUAAACAAUUAAUGUGUAGUAAGUUAUGGAUGUUUUUGUAUUUUUGAGAGGUUUCAUGAAAAAUAAACCCCUUUAAAGUUUGACCAAGGCAUUAUAAAUAAGUUAUCAACAUAAUUGUCAUCAUAUACAAUCUCAUAUCCGGUUACAGCAAACAGUCCAUACGAGUUACUAAAGAUGAGUCAUCCACCACCGUAUACCUUGGUUCUAAGCGACAAGAAGAAACCAGCUUGCUCAUCUCCCAAACGAACUCUCACCAUGAAGAUCAAGAGGCUCAACACCCAGCAAACAACAAACAGAAUAUCAAUAGCACCGAGGACAUCAAGUAAUGGCCACCUAGACGACGGUACAAUCAUCGAUAUGGAGGACAUGCUUCAGUAUCAUGAAAUCAACUUUGACUCGGUGAUAGAAAUUAUAGAUGAGACUACUAACUAUGUCGCUGGAGUUAUUCCAACACUCGACGAUGUCACAGGUACAAAUCUAGAUGUAAUUGUUAAGAUUACUGACUUCAACCCAAAAGCUUGGAGUAGAAUUGAUCUCGACGUCUAUACAAUCGACCUGCGAAAGAACAGAAGAGAUUCCAUCCCCAGCGAAGAGAAUGACAUCUGCGCAAUUUGCCACAACGAGCUUGGUGCAAGUGGAGAUUUGAACACCUUGGUAUGCAACCAUUCGUACCAUCACGAGUGCAUCUUAGGCUGGAUCAAGAUGAACUUAACCUGUCCAGUAUGCAGAACAACGCUUGCUUAGCAUUUAAGAAAUCUUAUAUCCCAUCUUAUGCAGAUUUCAACUUUACUUUUAUAAAAAAAAAAAAGUUCUCUCUGUAUGGAACUAAUAUUCCGUUUUACCUAAUAUUUUUAUGAUAAUUCCUAUUAUUAAAAUAAUAUUAAGAAUGCCAUUUUGAAUAAAACUAUUUGUUUCCCUUUAUUUAGAACUUUGCAUCUAGAUUAUUAUUUUUUUAUAUCAUGAAAGUGGUAUUUAGUAUUUCUAUGGUAUCAAUUUAAUUAGCAAUGUGAUUCCAUAAAUAAUAUUUUCGAUUCUUUCGCGUAGGGUCCUAAUAUACAAAGCACGUUAACUCCACUCCUUUGUUUACAAUUUUGGUUCAGUGCCACUUCAUAUAUACUUGCAUGUUUCAUGCAGUUCCAGAAUAGUCUGCUUGGUAAUAACGGACAAUGCUUCUGCUUUGUUUAGAGACAUGCAUAUCAAGUCAGUAAUGAGAUACAAAGUUGUACUCAUCACAAGCGUCAAUCCCAGAGUGAUAAAAAUUAUGAUUAUUAUCUAUUUUAGGGAUCUAUUUAUAUAUUGUCUGCUUAUAAGAAUGCCUAGAGCAAUUGAUAAGGAUAUAUGAUAGAUGAAUUAGUCCAAAUACUAUAACUCACAUAACUUAGUUCACAUUGUUAACUUUAUUUACCUUACAUGACUACAGGAAGAUUGACUCUCGCCACAACCACUCCUACUCGCUUUUACUGUGAUAGCUCUAUCGAUCCCAUCCAGCACUUCAUCCGGAAAUAUGAAGUUGACAAUCACUCUUGAAGUGGUCAUAUAGGCUUUCAUCUGAAGUCUAAAACAAUUAUUCAUUUUCCCUGGCUUUCAACAAUAUUCUUCUUUCUAAUCACAAGGUCAAUGUGUUUGCUACCUUGCUUGGUUAGUAGCAACCAAUUUCAAAAUUAUGCAAAUUUUCAUUGAUUGAUAUAAGUACAUAAGGUAGCUUCAAGUAACUAUAACUUCCGAUCGCGAGUCCCGUUCAAGUCGUUUGAUAAACAUUUACAGGAAAAUCGAUUAAUAUUCUCCGGGACCGUUCCGCCUAUCGAAGGUUACUCUCGGCGUCAUCACAGCCACGAAACUGAAAUCGGGUAUCAAUCUCUUUGUCUCCGAGGUUUUGUGGUUCAAGCUUCUUUAGAUUCUAGAAAUCGUCUUUUAGAGGAUGCCUUUAGGGUUAUCGAUAGCAUAUGGUGGUGUUACAUGGUGUUGCAUGUGAACCCUUUCUGUCCUAGAGUUGUGAGAGAGUUUAUCUCUAACACACCAUUCUAUGAGGAUGGAGCUCUUAUUCGGGGAAUAUGUGUACCGUUUCUCUCCCGCGGUAAUCAACCAAUUGAUGAUGAAACCGUCCGUCGAACAUUCUUUUCCGUGGAAAGACGUUGUGCUGAAACAGGCAAUCACAUAUCUCACUGGAGGCGAAUGCUCUGGAUGGACGGGAUUCAAUCUAAAUGCUUUGCUCAACCCCUUCCAAGCCCUGUACCGUGUGUGUAAGCGUAACUGGCAUCCAGGUCCGGACACUGAUCUGAUGAUUAAAAAGCGUCUCCGCCUCCUGUAUGUUGUUGCCAAGCGUAAAGAAAUCAACUUUGGCCAGCUUGUGUACGAACAAGUGAUCGACAUGGCCCGCAUAACAGAUUUGGAAACAAGUCUAAUAUUUCUGAACCUCAUCUAUCAGCUCUUGGUGCUUCAAAAAGAAGUUCCUCUGUUGCCGGGAGACGAAGAACCUAUAGGAAGAGGUCUACCCAUCUAUGACUCAGAAGGUGAAGGGAGUGAAGGAAGUGGUCCAAGGGGACGUAGAUGGCUAUGUUAGUGUAAUAGCCAAUUACUUUUUUUGGUAAGUCCAUCAUUCUCUUAUUAAUGUAGCUAACGUAUGACCGUUUUGCUAAGUAACUUGUGUAUGAAACUUCUUCUACAGGUUGUAAACUCAAUGGCAAUAUGUUUUUUGGUUUGAUAUCAUUGCUUAAUGUUAAUGUUGAAAAUACAGAAAAUAUUUUGUUUUAUUCGUACAGAGAAUCAUUCUUUCAAAUAGUGAUACUAAGUGUCUUAAGUAGGUGCAUUUUUAUCCUAUAAGAUAGGUUUUGUUUAGGUCUGGUUGCGUUUUGAAAGUAUUAGAUUAUAAAAGUUGGAAGUUGAAUUUCCUAUAUUCUCUGAAUCCAAAAAAUUUAAAUCUUAGCUCACAUUAUGUUGGUCCAUACAAUUCGCAAAUAUAAACUUGACUAAACGACCAAAGCAUGAACGCCAAAGAAACACAACAUAUAAUGGAUGGUUUUAUGCAGAAGGUCAGAGUUUGCGCAGACACUAACAUAUGUGCAGAUUCCUGAAUAUUUUGUAUGGAACAACAAUGCUAAAGUGUGGACUGAACGUAAGAAAAGAAAAACCAUUGGCCGAGUCGUAGAUGUCCAUCCUUCAGUAGGUGAUCGAUACUAUCUGAGGGUCCUCAUUAAUAAGAUUCAUGGUCCUAGAAGUUACGACGAGCUAAAAACAUACAACGACGUGAAAUACCCUGACUUUAAAUCAGUUUGCCACGUACGAGGCUAUUUGGACAAUGAUGUUGAAUGGCUCGAGAGUAUGUCAGAGGGUGCUCGAACGGCCACCCCAUACCAGCUCCGUGAUAUGUUCGUCACAUUCCUAAACAAUUGCUUCGUUGCAAGCCCUAAAGGACUAUGGGAACACUCAUGGAAAUCAAUGAGCGAGGACAUACUUCAAAGGAGGCAAAGGAUCUUAGGUCACGCGAAUCUGGAACUGGACGAUAAGACCCUGGAGCAAUACACAUUGAUAGAAGUAGAAAAGUUGAUGCGCAUGCAAGAUCGCUCCUUAAAUGAUAUUAAAGAUAUGCCGAAGAUCAACCCUGUUUUGCUCAAGGAAUUGGGGAAUAGUUUGUGGAACCAAGAAAUGGAUUACGAUGUUGCCGAGGAAACACUAAGACAUGACAAGCAGUACAACUUACUUAAUGCUGAGCAGCAUGCGAUCUAUGAAUCAGUCUUAGACUCUGUUGAUAAAAAAGAGGAAAAACUUUUCUUUGUAUAUGGCGCAGGGAGCACAAGGAAAACAUUUCUAUACCAGACUAUUAUAUCCAGACUUCGCUCAAGAAAACAAAUUGUUCUACCAGUUGCUUCUUCGGGAAUAGCCGCAUUGCUACUGCCAAACGGGAGAACAGCUCAUUCUCGCUUCAAUAUUCCGUUGAAGCUCGACGAAGAUAAGCUCUGCAACAUCAAACCAGAUACUAUGAUGGCUGAACUAAUUGAGGAAACAGACCUCAUAAUCUGGGAUGAGGCACCUAUGACACACAAGCAUGCUUUCGAAGCAUUAGACAAGACGUUGAAGGACAUAAUGUCUAUAAAAAAUCCACCACAAAAAAAUCAGCCUUUCGGUGGCAAAACAGUUAUGUUAGGUGAUGAUUUCAGACAGAUCCUACCGGUCAUUCCACAAGGUAGUAGAGCUGAUAUUGUAUUAGCUUCGAUAAGCCAUUCAUAUCUAUGGAAUAACUGCCACAAGUUCUCUUUGAAAACAAAUAUGCGAGUCAAUCAGGAUGAGAAAGAGUUUUCCGAGUGGCUUCUCAAGGUCGGGGAAGGUCGUCUUAAAACAGGACAAGAAUAUGAGGAUGAUGGCUACCAUGAUCAAUUCAUAGAUAUCGAUGAAUCUUUGAUUUGUCAUAAUUUUGCUGACCCAUUGGAAGGAGUUGUUAAUGCUGCAUAUGGGGAAAUCAACAAACCGAUGAAUUCUCAGACUUCCUAUACUGAUAAAGCUAUCCUCACACCCCGUAAUGAAACCGUCGAUGAAAUCAAUGUUUACACCAUCUCACGGACCGACGGGGUAUCAAGAGAUUACUUCAGCUCAGAGAGCUUUGAGUUAUCAGAUACUGCAUCAGAUCAAAAUGAUACUUUAUACGCCGUUGAGUAUCUCAACUAAUUGGAAUUCUCGGGUUUGCCUUCGCACAAACUAACUCUGGAAGUUGGUGCCCCAGUUAUGCUUCUGUGAAACAUAAAUCAGAAAAAGGGAUUAUGCAAUGGUACGCGAAUGAUCUUAACAAAUGUUGGCGAUCGCGUUCUGAAGGCCAAAAUUAUCACUGGCUCCCACAUUGGAAAAGAGGUCUUGAUCCCAAGAAUUGUGCUUUUGUAUGAUGAAACAAAGUUACCGUUCACAUUACGUCGGCGACAAUUUUUUAUCAGAUUGUGCUACGCAAGGACAAUCAACAAAAGCCAAGACCAAAGUUUAAAAAGGUCAUCUUAUAUCUACCUAAACCAGUCUUCUCUCAUGGUCAACUUUAUGUGGCCCUCUCACAUGUCACAAGCAAAGCACGAUUAACGAUCAUCAAAACGGAAGAUUCCCACCAGCUGAAAGUGAAGAACAUAGUCUUCAAAGAAAUAUUCAAAGGUCUUCCUCCCGACAGAGGUAAUUUUAAAUAAUUUAGUAGUUUUCACUCUCAUCAUUUUCAGAGGUCUUAUGAUAAAAUAUUAUAUUCACAGAUUAACAGUGUCCAAUAAAAAAAGGACUUACAAAUAAGCUUUUCCACACCUACGCUAGGUACAAACCUUUUUAUAUAAAUAAGAAUACUAUUAUAUUUACUAUAAUUUAUGCUAACUAACUUAUUCUUAUCCAAUUUCAGGCUAUUUCUUUCUUAUGACCUAAACACAGCUUUUUAUCUGCGAAAGGCUUAAUUUGUUUCUUACAUUAUUUACCUUACUUACGACUUCUUUAGUUUUUUAGACAAUUGCGUAAACUCGAUAUUCACUAAUUUUUCAGAUAUUUUAGAACAUACAAUGCUUCCAUUUCAAACAAAUUAUUGAAACUUAUAAUCAAAGAUAAAUUAUCAACGUACU